CCCCUCCCUAUCUCUGUCACCUCCUCCAAUUCCCUACACCCCCUCCUUAUCUCUGUCACCUCCUUCAGUCCCGUAUACAACCUCCCUAUCUCCGUCACCUCCUCCAGAUGAGCAAGAAUAUCUUCUCUCGGAGGGGAGGGAGUCUGUGGAAUUCUUUACCACAGACGGUUUCAAGGGUGGGUCAGUGAUUGCAUAUGUUCAAGGCUGAGACCAAGAGAUUUUUUAAUCAGGAAGGGAAUCGAGUUGGGGGAAAGAGGUAGGGAAGUGGGCUUUGAAGAUCAUUGGAUCAGCCACGAUCCCAUUGAUUGGUGGGUCAGGCUCGAUUGGCCAAAUGGCUCCCAUCUUGCGGUCUGCCCUCUGAAGCGGGCACAGUGUGCAAAGACACAGCGAGCGCUCGUGUCAUCUCCUCGAGGGGCAGCGAGGUUUGGCCGUGGCGAAAGGGAGCCUUGCCCAGCCGGCUUCUGUCUGAUGUGGAAGGCAGGUUUUUUAAGAAUGCGGCUGUGGUAGUUUUAUCUCUAACAAGGUCUUGUGCUUACAGCCCCGUGUUGCCACGAUGACAGCGAAUAGACCGACGAGCAGAGCGGCUCAGUCUAACAUCAUCUGGAGGGUCAGAAUGCUUCCCCUGGUGAACUCGACCUCCCAGGUUCUGCUGACCACCUACUCUGACGUCAAGAGGACUAACUGGCUGACCUCUACACUCUGCAGUGCGGUGGAGACCAGUGCAAGAAUGGCAACAGGACUGGCAGCGAGGAGAGCCAAGCCAUUCCUCGACCUUUUUGAGUCCCAACUUGCGACGGUCAAUACCUUUGCCUCGAAAAGACUGGACAAGUUGGAGGAGGAGUUCCCAAUCCUGCAGCUAUCGAUAGACGAGGUGACCUUCCACCUCAGGGAGUCCUGGACGCUGACCCUGGACCACGCGCAGGAGCGCCUGAGUGAAGAGACGGAGAGGCUGAGGGCAAGGAGUGGUGCCCUGGUGGAGGAGACGCGGAUGGUCAUGGCGGGUCAAGCCGCGGCCUUCCUGACCACCAGAGUGGGCCAACUGAUGGUUGCCAGUGGAGACAGCUGGGUGCGGCUAAUGGAGGAGACACUGGACCGGUACCUACCGGACUACGAGGACAACUGCGGUGAGUGGCUACCCUGACCCUUCUCAAUGCAUUCACGUAGCGCCCCCCCGCAACCCCGCCACUACCCCACGCUGUCAAGGAAACACCUUCGGCAUUUUAGUGGGAGAUGCAACCAGACACAGUCUGACCUCAAGCCAGACAUUGAGGUCAGAGGCUCAGCUUACCCCAGCAACAAGACAGCAAGACGACUGCAUUCGCACAGCUCAGUCCGAAGCGCCCCUCGUCAAUGUUUAUGGUACUGUGCUGUCAUCCUCUAGACACACUCGCUAUCUCUGUCACCUCCUCCAACCCCUACACCCUCUCCCUAUCUCCGUCACACCCUCCAGCGCCUUUCACCCUCUCCUUAUCUGUCACCCCUUCCCUAUCUCUGUCACCCCCUCCA